GCUUACACAGUAUGGCCGGCGACAUUAGCUAGCGCUCGCUCAACUCUCUCUAACGGGAAAGCAGCGGACUACAAGAGACUGAACUGUAUCUGCCUCUAUUUCCAACGGACUCACGUUCAACUUUCGCUCACGAAAAUAGCCGGGAAAAUUUUAUUAGUCCUUUUUUUAAAAAAAAGUUAAUAUAAAAUUAUAGCAAAAAAAAAAAAAGGAACCUGAACUUUAGUAACACAGCUGGAACAAUCCGCAGCGGCGGCAGGAGCGGCGGGAGAAGAGAUUUAAUUUAGUUGAUUUUCUGUGGUUGUUGGUUGUUCGCUAGUCUCACGGUGAUGGAAGCUGCACAUUUUUUCGAAGGGACCGAGAAACUGCUGGAGGUCUGGUUCUCCAGACAGCAGUCCGACGCAAGCCAGGGAUCUGGGGACCUUCGUACCAUCCCAAGAUCCGAGUGGGAUGUCCUUCUGAAGGAUGUGCAGUGCUCGAUCAUAAGUGUGACAAAGACUGACAAGCAGGAAGCUUAUGUACUCAGUGAGAGUAGCAUGUUUGUCUCCAAGAGACGUUUCAUUUUGAAGACAUGUGGUACCACCCUCUUACUGAAAGCACUGGUUCCCCUGUUGAAGCUUGCUAGGGACUACAGUGGGUUUGACUCGAUUCAAAGCUUCUUUUAUUCUCGUAAGAAUUUCAUGAAGCCUUCUCACCAAGGGUACCCACACCGGAAUUUCCAGGAAGAAAUCGAGUUUCUUAAUGCAAUUUUCCCAAAUGGAGCAGCAUAUUGUAUGGGACGUAUGAAUUCUGACUGUUGGUACCUGUACACUUUGGAUCUCCCAGAGAGCCGAGUAAUCAAUCAGCCAGAUCAAACCCUGGAAAUUCUGAUGAGUGAGCUUGACCCAGCAGUUAUGGACCAGUUCUACAUGAAAGAUGGUGUUACUGCAAAGGAUGUCACUCGUGAGAGUGGAAUUCGUGACCUGAUACCAGGUUCUGUCAUUGAUGCCACACUGUUCAAUCCUUGUGGCUACUCAAUGAAUGGAAUGAAAUCGGAUGGAACAUAUUGGACUAUUCACAUCACUCCAGAACCAGAAUUUUCUUAUGUUAGCUUUGAAACAAACCUAAGUCAGACCUCCUAUGACGACCUGAUCAGGAAAGUUGUGGAAGUCUUCAAGCCAGGAAAGUUUGUGACCACCUUGUUUGUUAAUCAGAGUUCUAAGUGUCGCACAGUGCUUUCUUCGCCCCAGAAGAUUGACGGUUUCAAACGUCUUGAUUGCCAGAGCGCUAUGUUCAACGAUUACAAUUUUGUUUUUACCAGUUUUGCUAAGAAACAGCAACAACAGAGUUGAUUAGGAAAAAUGAAAAAGAAAAAACGCAAAAAGAGAAGACACACAGGAGGUGGUGGCUGCUUUCUAGAUGUUGAUCCUGGGGGCCAUGCUGACCGUGACCACCACCUUGUAGCUGCAGAAAGCCCUAGGUGUAAUGAUAGUGUAAUCAUUUUGAAGUGUAUGCAUUAUUAUAUCAAGGAGUUAGAUAUCUUGCAUGAAUGCUCUCUUCUGUGUUUAGGUGUUCUAUGCCACUCUUGCUGUGGAACUGAAGUGCAUGUAGAAAAGAACUCUGACUGUAUGAAUCUUUACGACACUUGUGAAAACGAUUCGACUUGGUUUAUGCACAGCGUAAUAUUUCUGCAGGCAUCGUCCAAAAUCCCCCACAGACAAGGCUUUCGUCCCCAUUAGAUGCGGCCUCAGCUGACCAUCGGCGACUGUUCUAUUUGCUGCCAGAGUUUUUACAUCCAGUUACCUCCACUUUCUAGAGCAUAUUCUCUACUAAUGUUCAAAACCGAUUUCUACUUCAUACAGGUGUCUUAUGCAAUGGCAAUUAAAGUUUUCUUCCACAAGUUGAGUCUUUGUAAGGAAAUGAUUCCAGUUGCUUGUUUUGUGUUCUACUGUUUUAGUAAUUGCUCCUGCAUUUAUAGUCCUAUGGGUUUUUCACUACCCCUGAUGAAGCAAUACACGGUCACACUGUGGGCUUACAUUGUAAUCUUCACCCCAGAUGGGAGCUCAGAGACGGUCCCUUGCUCAUUUUUCCCUAAGACAUAGAAUGUGGCCUCGCUAUUGGCAUGCCCUUCUGUGGGAGAUAAAUGACGGAAGUGAAAGUAUCAGAUAAAAAGAAUCCAGUCCCGGGGUGAGCAAGGAGAACCAACCCAUGGCAGUGAUGGGCUGUGCAGUGCACUCCGAUGAGCUCUCACAGUGGAGUGCCCACCAUGCCUUCACUAACUCACUGAGCAGUGAUAGGGAUGCCCACCAAGUCAGAGCAGAAAUCUAACCUAAGGAUUCUCACCUCUGUAAGUGCCGCCAUUGCCACCACUUUACUAAAGGAAGUUUCUGUUCAGAGGAGAGUCUGUACUUCCUGCCUGUCCUAAUGUCGGCUGUUCUCUCUGGUCUUUCACCAUGGCGUUCAGAUGAUCAAAUGAAUGGCUGACCGGCCGCAGGGAGGACUCUUCAGGUUACUCGGCCUGGAGAAUGGAGGAAACAGCACGGUAUUCUGACAUUUAAUGGUACCAGAGACGCGGGCUUUCAAGAGCUGGCCUGUUAGUGGCAUUUUUAAGCAGAAAAGAGCAAACUAGAUGAAGUUCCCUAUUUAUUGCCCUCCCACCGUUUCCUUGGCAGUUUCUGGACUGGCGCAGUGAUGCCUUGUUCCUUCCGUAUUUAUAACGAACGAAACACUUUUUUAGCGUUUCUAAGCAUGGAAUCUACUUGGUUUGAAAUCAAGUGGUUGGAACACUGUCUGGAUUUUUACUUUACACAGUGUUGAUUGAACGCUUCGCUGGGGAAGCCUUCAGUCAGCUUUAUCGGUCUGUUCUGUAAUGAGCUCAGCACACCUAGUUUGAAUUGCUGUUUGGAGGGCCAGUGCUUAUUUGAGCUGGGUCUUGUAACCCAGUAGACUUUGGCUUGAGGUCUGACUCCCCCAUCUUAUGAAAUUAAGAAUUUGAAUGUUGGAAAUUGCACAGGGUUUGCGUGGAACAAAGCCCAGAAAAAAAAAAACAGCAGGCGGACUAGUGAUCUAGUGUGAUUACAGGUGGGGAAGUUUUGGUGCCAUAAUUUCUUUGUUGGUGUUGGACUUUUAAUCAGCUGAAAUGUAUUUCUGUACCACAAUGUAAGCUUCAAUAAAAGUUUGCUUAAUUGUCUAGUAACA